CACUCAUGCACAUUCUUCUCCUGCCCCUCCUCCUCACGCCCUCACGCCCUCACACGCCUAUCACGCUUCUCGCCCUCUAGGAUGUGAUCGUCAUCGUCAUCGCCAUCGCCACCGCCAUGCCGCCAUCACAAUCGAGAACAAAGGCCGUUGCCUGGUCGGCGGUACCGGUGGUGAUCGUGGUGACAUGGUGGCAACGGCAUGAUCGGCAGACCCCAAGUUCCGAGGGCCCGAGGGCGCAACGACGACGGCCUUGGUUGUGGAAAAGGAACUCACAAUGGAAGCCAGACGGGGGGUGUUUCGUAGCAGCAGCUUAUCCGUGCGUCUCUUCCUACCCCUCCUCUAAUUCUCUACACCUCUCUGCAGCAGCACAGAAGCAGAGCUUGCGAGAGUUGGACGCGAAGAAGCGGUGGAGGCGGAAGAGAGGAUGUAACUGGGGGAGCUGUGUGGUUGUCGAGUGUGGGGGAGAAAGCGGUACGUGUAUGAGGCGUGUGUGGUGCGUGCAGCGAAAGACGCAAGGGCCGAAGGUCGAGCGUGGAAUGCAAGUGACAAGUAGGUGGUUGACCAGAUGAUAGGCGGGCUUGCAGUGAUCACUCGAUGCGCUGGACUAGGAUGGCGGAUGAUGGCGCGCAGUCGAUGUGGAUGCAAGGGGAGUCUUUCGGGGUAUCGGGAGAGGCGGG